AUGAAAAUCUUUGGAGGUUCAGAUUCAUACAAGUUUGAGGAAGCUGCGGAACUGUGUGUUCAGGCUGCCAACAUAUAUCGUCUGCGCAAAGAGCUGACGCUCGCAGGCGACGCGUUGACCAAGGCUGCCGGUUAUCAAAUCAAGGCGGGAAACGACGAUGAGGCCGGCAAUACGUUUGUGGAGGCGUAUAAGUCGUACAAGAGUAGUGGCCAGGCGUCUGAGGCGAUUAAAUCGCUGAACGGAGCGAUAGAAAUCUUCACCACUAGGGGCCAGUUCAGACGUGGAGCAAACUUCAAGUUCGAAAUGGGCGAGCUGCUGGAGAAUGACCUGAAGGACUACGCCAAGGCGAUCGACUGCUACGAGACUGCGGGCGAAUGGUACUCUCAGGACCAGGCGCUCGCCCUGGCCAACAAGUGUCUGGUCAGGUGCGCGGACUUGAAGGCGCUAGACGGACAAUAUCUGGACGCCAGCGAAGUGUUCGCCAAGCUCAUAAAGAACAGCAUGGGCAACAGGUUAAGUCAGUGGUCUUUGAAGGACUACUAUUUCAAGAUGGGUCUCUGCCAGUUGGCGGCCACGGACUCCGUCGCGGCCUCCAGAACUUUGCAAGAGGGGAAGCGCGAAGAUAGCAACUUUGCCGACUCGAGAGAAGCUCAGCUGCUGCAGGACUUGGUCCAAUGCGUCGCCGACGGCGACGCCGAACAGCUGAGUGAAAAAGUGUUCAAUUUCGACAAGUUCAACAAGCUGGAUAAGUGGAAGACGACGAUCCUGUUAAAGAUCAAAGAGACCAUAUCGCAAGCGGAUGACGAUCUUUUGUGA